UAGGUAGUGUACUGUGGACUAAUCAGCUUUCUUAUGGAAAGGGGCUCUAAGUUACAUAAAUCAAAAGUGAAUCAUCCGUAUAAGAGUUUGGUGAGCUCGAUAGACAGGGAGCUAGAGUAGCAUUUAUAUCCAAAUUCUUCCACCUCUAAAAGCACUUCGUUCUGAGAUUGCCGGUACGACUAUCCACACUCGCAUCCAUUCUCUCUCAUUUCAAAGCAGAAAUCGUGGUGCCAAGCUCUACAGAGGACCUAUGCUGACAUUUCGGGGCUCGAUGCCAUGCCCAUAAAACAGAAAAUCGUGGAUUUAGCCGCUCCUUGUAGCCGAUGGAACGUUCAAUCGCGGAGAAUCCCUGCGACGGCCACGAUAUCCAGGUCCUCAAAAUAGCAUCUAGAUCUGCAUCGAUCGGCAAAAAACAUUCUGGGGAAGUUCUAGAUCUUAGGCAAUAUGAAUCUUGUGGCGACCAAGAUUGGACGGUGCGGAUAAAUCUCAUUCGUCUGGCCAGACGAAUGUCGAAGGUCAUAAGAUGCCAGCCGCUUAAUAUCUAUCUACCUACCUACCUAGGUACCCAUCGUGAUACAGUCAACUGCUAAGGCAUCAAGGACGAAGCUUUGAAUAUCGUACAGCCCCUGUCACGAUGUCGCUCUUAUUAUUGAUAACAGCAGUGGUCUUACCGUUGACGACCUUCGCAAGGAGUGUCGACCUCGAAGGACGGCAGGCAGGAAAUACGAUAACCGUAAACCUAGACCAGAAGUACCAGACCAUCGACGGCUUCGGUUGCUCGGAGGCUUUUCAACGAGCGGUGCAAAUGUCCAAGCUCACGAAGGAACAGCAGCAGUAUACGCUUGACCUUCUCUUUAGCACGACGAAAGGAGCUGGGUUGUCCAUCCUCCGCAACGGCAUCGGCUCGUCGCCGGACAUGAGUUCGGAUCACAUGGUCUCCAUUCAACCCAAGAGCCCCGGAGGCCCGUCGAGCGCCCCGAAUUACGUCUGGGAUGGCUCGGACAACAAGCAGCUAUGGGUUUCUCAAGAGGCUGCUAAGCGCGGGGUCAAGACGUUCUACGCCAACGCCUGGAGCGCGCCAGGUUACAUGAAGACCAACGGAAACGACGCGAACGGCGGGACUCUAUGCGGAGUCAGCGGCGCUUCAUGUUCCAGCGGCGACUGGAAGCAAGCGUACGCCGACUACCUGGUGCAGUACAUUAAGUAUUACCUAGAGUCGAACGUGACGAUAACGCACCUGGGAUUUGUCAACGAGCCGGAUCUCACGACGAGCUACGCGUCGAUGCGUUUCUCGGGCUCGCAAGCGGCGGACUUUAUCAAGGUACUCCACCCGACCCUCGAAAAGGCUAACCUAAGCUCCGUUGGCAUCAACUGCUGCGAUACGGAAGGCUGGGGGAGCCAGGCGAGUAUGCUGGGCCAGCUAAGCUCCGUCGACGACCUCAUAUCGACCAUCACAGCGCACUCUUAUACGUCAUCGCCCGGAUCGCCUAUGAGCACGCGCCACCGCGUCUGGCAGACGGAGGCCGCCGACCUAAACGGCCAGUGGCAAGGCGGGUGGUACAGCGGCGGCGGGGCCGGGGACGGCAUGACAUGGGCUAACAACAUCUACACGGCCAUCGUCAACGCGAACGCCUCCGGCUACCUGUACUGGAUCGGUGCGCAAACCGGGACGACCAAUUCGAAACUUAUCCGGCUCGACGGCGACACCGUCUCUCCCUCGAAGCGUCUGUGGGCCUUCGGGCAGUGGAGCCGGUUCGUCCGGCCCGGCGCCGUUCGCGUAGGCGUCCAGGGGGCGUCGUCGGGGUUACGCACGGCUGCGUUUCAAAAUGUCGACGGCUCCGUUGCCGUCCAAUUCAUCAACAGCGGAGCGUCGGCGGCCGGCGUCCAGGUUAAGGUCAGCGGGUUCAACUCCAGCACCGCGGCCGCAUUUGUCACUGAUGAUAGUCAUGAUAUAAGCGACUUGACCGUAUCGCUGAGCGACGGGACGGCUGUGGUCAGCGUGCCGGCAAGGGCUAUGAUUACGAUCGUACUGAAGCAAGAGGAGGCGGCGUCAGCAUAGAAUGCUUUAGGCGAGCUUGGCUGUCGUAGCGGAAGCUGCCUGACGCCUAAGAUAAGCGCUGACGUAUAGGAUUCUGUUUUGAAGCUAAACGAAGCUGUCAGACUGUCAGACUGUGAGAUACGCUGUUCCGUCAAAGCAAGGCACUAGAAUUCAAGUUGAUUUACGCUCUCGGAUGAUUGUUUCUAAUCCUACCCUUCGUGGUUGAGGCAUUUAUCGUUGAAGUUGUACAAUCCGUUUAACCUCCUGAUCUUUCCGAUUUACGUAGAGUUUUCCGCGAUCAACCCCAGUUUUCAUUUCACCGUGAGACUUGAAAGCGUGUCUCCUGAAUGCUGAUCGGACCUAUAUGUAUCUACAUGUUGUGUAGGUAGGCAGGCUUCAAGGGUUGGAAAUAUAGUGAGUAGGUAGUGCAGUGCACAGCGAGCCAGGAGUCGUCGACAAUAACAUCGAAACUGAAGUAGAAAUAGUCUUCGAAACAGUUACACUACAGACGGUUUAAUAACAGGAUGGCUUGCAUAUCUGCAUAUGUACUACGCUAUGUGAUAAGGGGCUGGAAGAUUUCCUCUCGAAGAUCCCUGUCCCGCUUGUUCCCGCUAUCCUGGG